GUGGCCAGCUUUGGUGAACAAGCAGAUGCCCCUGCAGAAUUACCCAAAGAACUGCGGCCUUUCUGUGCUUUCUAUGAGAGCGGCCAGUGUAAGUUCGGGAACGACUGCUGGUACCAGCACGCUCCCGUGGAGUACGAAGACAUCGAUGCGGACUCUCCACAGGAGCAGGCGGCGGUCCGCUUGAUCGUGAACGGCCCCCCGGGCGGCUGGCGCAAGGCAGAGGCGCACGCGCCCGACACCGGGCCGAUGCGCGUCCGCGUCGUCGGCGACAUCCAGGGUCUGGGCUGCUUCGUGAAGGACUUCAACUGGGAUCCCUACGAUGGCGUCGACUUGGUCUGGGAGGACGACUGCUGGACCUCGAUGCUCGUGCCAGCUCCGCCGUGCCGCUUGGUUUCGUUCUAUGUCUGCCGGCUGGACCAGCAGGAGAGCCACCCGGGGACUCUGCAGGGCAAGGCUCGCUUCGACAUGGAGUCUUCGCGCCGGUUUACCUGGAGCCGCUGCUACAAGAUCCAGACGCCUGGUGUCGGAGAGGUGCUGGAGGUGCGGCUGGGCUGCGGGGACGUGCUACCGGCCUCCCCCGGCGCCCGGCCUGCCGAGCCCGAGCCGGCACGGUGCCGCUGCACGGUGAUGCCGAGAGGUGAUGCGCUCGCCUUCCCGCAGGGUGCGCCCCUCCGGGCACUGCCGUCUCCGGGGUGUCAGCGCUGCUACACGUUCGACGCCCCUGGCGGCGUGACUGUGAAUUUCUCGCUGUACCUUCCCCCGUCCUACGAGCCGUACCACUCCAUGCACGGGCGCCUCGACGGAGACAACAACCUCUUCUUCGAGUCCGACACCCCGGUGAGGCUCCUGCUCGGAGACGCCAGGAGCGGCUGGUUCGAGCAGUCCACGUACAACUCGGGGGUAGAGGAGGCGCUCGCCAGCCUGUUCGAGGCGACUGCCGCUGCCUGCAACAUUGACCGGCGGCGGAUCCUGGUCACUGGCACAUCAACCCCCUGGGCCUCGAUGGGCGCCUACGCCUGCCUGGAGCUCGGGGCGAGGUGGCCCGGCUUCUUCGCGGCGGCUGCGCCGGUGGCGCCACAUUACGACUUGGACCCGGUCGAAGCCUUGGUCGAUAAUCUCACGCAGACGCAGGAGCUGCCGCUCUGGAUCUUCCACGCCAAGAACGACGGCAUGUGCCCAUACGAGCCAAUCGCGGACCUCGUCGCGAGACUCGGCGAGAAGUCCAGGGCGGAGGUCCGCUUCACGAGCUACGAAGACACCUGGAGCAGCCAAGGACACUGCGCGGACAGGGUGGCCUACUGGGCCGGCGCCCCGCCCGAGGGCCAGGAGCCCUGGCACGGCCCCGAGCUCUUCGAGUGGCUGGCGGCGAGGCUCGGCCCGGGCCGCCGCCCUGGCGCCCCCGCUGCUGGCCGUCCGCCCGCGCAGGGCGGGCACCCCGCCUGA